GCAGCGUUGUGCGCCAUGAUGAUAUGAUAUCUGCAUCGGCUUCAGUGAUUGUUCGGUGAUGCAAUUUUUACGCAACCCGCGCCCACCUGCAGAUAAACGGAAGCAGGCCGGCACACAUGUACCUGUACGUGGGCCACUGAAAGCCAGCGCCACCGUUUGACGGAUGCAAUGUGACUUUGCUGAUGGUUGGUCCGAGGGGAGGCACAGGUUAUGUAUCAGUUGGGCCACGGCAGUAAAUGUACAUAUAUGUGGUAAAGGAAACAUUGAAGGUACCUACAUAGACUCGAUUGAAUUCUCUUGUGGUUUGCAGCACCCGAGUAGUGGUACAUAGGUAUUAAGCACAUAUUCAAGUUGUUGUAUUGUAACCGCCACUGCACUUUCUACCAAAAGAGAAAACCACCCACAUACCUACUACCUACCUAUAGGCUGGCCUAUAUACCUACGCAAACUCAAGAGACAAAUCACGAACCGUGGUCAUUGUACAGCUCCACAUCAAUCAUGUCUAAGGACUCGUCGACGAAUACAAAGGACUCCUGGCAGAGUGCAAAGGACCUUUGGGGGAGUCCAAUGCCCCGCCAGUACCCAUCGGUCAACACGGAGGUCGACUGCUUCACGCCGACAACCCACGGGAUCGCGACGCCGACACGCACGCCGACGCCCACGGCCCUGUCGCGCGACAGCUCCGCGCGCAGCCUCUGCUCGCGCGGCUCCACCUCGCAGCGGACCGUGCCCUCGUCCUCCUCCGCCGCCGAGACGUCUCCGCACGCGGGGCAGGCGUUCGCGAUCCGGGAGCACGAGGGCACCCGGUACAUCACGCUGAUGGAGGGGAAGCUGGUGGUGCACGAGAACGUGGGGGAGCGCGGGGGCUGGCACUGGAUCUGCGCGGAGGCGAAAGGCUGGUUCGGCUUCCGCAGCCCCGUGUCCGCCACCUACAUCGGGCACGACGCCAACGGCAACUUCUGGGCCGUCUGCAACCACCACCUCGCGCACGAGUCGUUCUGUGUCAGGCGGCAUCACGAGGGCGGGUACGUGCUGCUCAUGCCGCACGAGGAUACGCUGAUGAAGAUGGCGAUUAGUGAUAGUGGGCCGACGCUGGUCGAGACGAGUGGGAAUGGGACGAGGUGGGAUUUUAUCAAGGUGGAUAAGUGCUGUGAUGUUCCGAGCUAGGUUAAUUGGAAGUGUCCGGGUAUGGAUGAACCUACAUCCUAAGAGACGGGUGGAGGUAAGACAAUGUUUUGCAGUAUUUAUCUCCCCUCUAUAAUAUUAUCAUCGCGAGUCUGGUCGGGAACCAAUUCUAGAUAGGUAGCUAGGAGUUAGAUAUUCUGGGGGUGUCCGUUACUUAAUUCAGCUUCAUAAUUGUCGAUCGCUGAAUACCUACAGGCCAAAAAGUAGUUCAGGUAGAAAUAUCUGCUAAUUGAUUUUGAUUUUUAACAAAUAAUUCGGGAUGCAUGGACAAACAUUGAAGAAUGAGAAAAGUAAGUAGACAAAAUAUCUAGAAGAGAAAUCGUUUAAAAAAAAAUGAAAAUAGAGAUCGACACCUGUGUGAUUCGAACACACGCCCCCGAAGGGAAUGCCUACCGGCUAUCUUGGCAAUAGCAGGGCAUCGCGUUAACCACUCCGCCAAAGUGCCUCUUCAGAGGUGAGUUGCAUGAUGACUCAGACUUGAUUGAAAG